AUAUGAGAUUGCAAUCAGUCAACGCCAUUCAUCUCAAACCAGCAUUAGCUAUCCAAAAGCUCCAUUAUCUACCACAAUGAAAUUCACUUUGGUUGUUCUGUUCGCUGUUUUCUACUUUGCUUCUGCUGCCCCAGUUGAUGACAGCAAGAACGCUCAGAUCGUGCGAUAUGACAGUGAUAAUAUCGGUAUCGAUGGAUAUAAUUUCGCAUUUGAAACAAGCGACGGAACAUCCCGCCAAGAGCAAGCUCAGCUGAAGAAUAUUGGUGCCGAAAACCCUGCCCUUGCUGUACGUGGCUCAGUGAAAUGGAUUGGAGCUGAUGGACAACAAUAUGCACUCAACUAUGUUGCCGAUGAAAAUGGUUUCCAACCAGAAGGUGCUCACUUGCCACACGCUUAAAUGUUGAUAAUUGUGUUAUAUUUGUUAUAAAUAAAACUAUAUUUAUUUAAAGA